UCAACUGUUUUAUUUCUUUUUAUUUUUCUUUUUAUUUUUUUUCUGUGGUUCUGCAUUUCUCAGGUGACAUUAGGGUUCUCAUACUUCAAUCCGUAAUUUGUCAACAUUUGUUUGCAAUUCUUCUUUGAUCUGCGUGAACUCUCUUUCAUUUGAGGCGGGUAUAUGGUUGUAGUACAAAUUUGAAGCUGAAGGAAGGGAAAGAAGAACAUGACAAAGAAGAAGAACCCAUUGGUUUUUCUGGAUGUCUCAAUUGAUGGAGACCCCAAGGAAACAAUGGUUUUUGAGCUGUUUUAUGAUGUUGCUCCAAAAACGGCUGAGAAUUUUCGUGCUCUGUGUACAGGAGAGAAAGGAGUUGGCCGAAAAACGGGAAGACCACUACAUUAUAAGGCAUCCUUUUUUCAUCGGAUUAUUAGAGGUUCCAUGGCACAGGCUGGAGAUUUUGUCAAACGAGAUGGUACUGUUGGAGAGAGCAUAUACAGUGGAAAGUUUCCAGAUGAACCUCCUCGGCUAAAACAUGAUGGACCUGGUCUUCUAUCGAUGGCAAUUGCUGACCGUGACACUUUAGGCUCCCAUUUUCUUAUCACAUUUAAGGCCAUUAAUCAUCUUGACAGGAAGCAUAUAGUAUUUGGAAAACUUGUCCAGGGUUUUGACGUACUGAAAAAGAUAGAAAGUGUGGAUGUAGAGGAUGGUGUUCCAACUGUUACAGUGAAAAUUGUUAACUGUGGCGAGUUUAAUGAAGUUGACUGUUUUGCAGAAAAAAGAAAGAUAAACAAAAUGAAAAUAGGAAAGAUUACUUCUUCAGAUGACGAUAGUCAUGAAGAAAAGCGAAGAGGAAAGCAGAAAAGAACAAGGGAGAGGAGGAGGAGGAAGAGAAGAUACCACACAUCUGAUUCAGAUAGUUCAUCUGAUUCGGAAUUAGACUCCGACUCUGAGAGUGAUUCUGACACAGAUUUGUCGUCGUCUUCUUCUUCUGAAAGUUCUUCCAGUGAUGACAGGUCUAGAAAGAGAAAGAAGACUUCUACGAGAGGCAGAUAUAGACGUGGUAAAAGAAAGGAUAAAAGACGUGACCGAAAGAGAUGGAGGCAUGAUAAGAAGUCUAAAAGAAAAUCUAAAAGGGCCUUGGACAGUCUUACGGAUACUGAAAGUGACAGCAAAAGCAGAAGCACUUCUGUGCAAGAUGGCCUUGAUGUUCAAGGGAAAGAUAUAAACCGUAAGGGCUUGUCAGUGAAACCUGGUGAAGAUGUACCUCAAGCCUCGGAUGCCUGCCAUAGAAGGAGAGGAGAGGUAGAUAUGGUGGAAAAUGAUGGGGAGAGAUCCCAUAAGGAGAAUGGUGAGCGAAGGAGCAAUGGCAUUGCUGAAGUGAAUUCUAAAUCUGACAGAUGCUGUGAAAGACAACCUGAUAUUGUAGACGACCACCCUGGAAAAUCUAGGAGUCGAAGCUAUAGUCCUAGAAGGACGAUGAGUAAGAGUAUUAGUCGCAGCAAGAGUCGCAGUGUUAGUCCGAAACGAAGUAUGAGCAGGAGUCGAAGUAUUAGUGGAAGCCCGCCUCGUGCACCAUUGAGGAGCAGGACCAUUAGCAGAAGUCCUGUUCGAAAUGGUAGCAGGAGCCCGGGUAUGGGAAGGAAAGGUAGGAGUAUCAGUAGAAGCCCAUUACGAAGCGGGCCUCGGAGAGGAGUUAGCAGAAGCCCCUUGAGAUCCAAUCUACAAAGAAGUCCAAGCAGGAGCCCACCUAGAAGAGCCUCUAGAAAAUCAAUUAGUAGGAGUCCUGCAAGAGUUUCCAAAAGUGUAAGCAGAAGUCCAUUGAGGUCGUCUCGUCAGAGUCUGAGCAGAAGCUCAGGUAGGGGGCCUUCUAGGAGGAGUAUCAGUCGAAGUCCUCAAGCACCAGUUAGGAAUCGAAGGAGCUACUCUAGGAGUCUUACUCCCAUCCGUAGGCCAAGGUCACCUGCAUCUGAUAGAGGGAGAAGUGCAUCAAGAAGUGUUUCCCCAGAAGGGUCUCCAAAGCGCAUCAGAAGGGGGCGUGGUUUUAGUGAGCGUUAUUCAUUUGCUCGAAGAUACAGAACACCCUCUGCAUCUCCUGUCAGGUCAUAUCGUUACAGUGGAAGAGUUGAACGUGACAGAUAUUCGAGUUACAGAAGAUAUUCUCCUAGGCGCUAUAGAAGCCCUCCUAGAGGAAGAUCUCCGCUAAGAUACAGAAACAGAAGAAGCAGGACUCCCUCUGCAUCUCGUAGUCCUCGUUACCGUAGUCGUCGUUAUAGCUGUAGUCGAAGCCCUAUUAGGAGCCGUUCCCCAGUUGAGGGAUCCAGGUCUCGUGUGUCUCCUCGAGUCGUUAGGCGGAGAUCUUCUUCAAGGAGCAGAUCCCCAUCGAAAUCAAGAACCCCUGCGGAUUCACAAUCCCCAAGAAGAACGAGCAAAGAUAGGUCCAGGUCACCUUCUGGUAGCCCAGAUGGGAAGAAGGGCCUGGUCUCUUACGGUGAUGGAUCUCCAGAUUAAGAGAAGGUAAAAAGAUCAUUAAAAGAAAGAAAGGACCUUAAUGAUUUCAUGGAUACCAUAAAUUAUGCAUUCUAGCCUUUGUAUUAAACUCGGCUUAGAUUUGUAUCAGAGUACAUCUCGUAGGAUAUAGAGUGAAUAAUAUCAUCUUGGAUCAUUUUCUUUUCUGGGUAUUCAGCAGUGUUCGCAUGUUUACA